AUGUCGUCGUCGGCAGAAAAGCCCCAGCGCUGGCCAACGCUACACAUCCAAAUGCCAUCCUUUUCAGACCCAAGCCCAGCCGACAAGAGCCCCAAAGCGAAGACCGACCCUAGCCAGCUAGCUCCGGACCUGUCAAAUCUGAGUCCUUCUGAUUCGAGGGAGGCGGCCAAUAGGUUGCAUGAUGAUCUAGAACUUCUGCGCGCCGAGCGCAUUGUGUCUCAUCAAGAACACGAUGACUCGAGCCGCUCUCGUAAGAGAAAUAGCUCAGAGGAUGGCGGCGACGCCUUCAACACCGCCGCUCCUACCGCCCCCGCAGUGUCUGGCACGCAGAAGAAGACGUGGCUCACUAAACUCUGGGCCUCACUGAGGAAGUUCCCCCGCGUCCUUCGCUACAUUCUUUACGCUAUCCCGCCAGCCAUUCUCAUCUUGAUCCCCGUCUUUCUGGACUUGUUCGCAUACGAUAGCGAUUCGGAGCCCGUGGGCGGCGAGGGCGGUGUUCAACUCCUGUGGUUUGGCAUAUGGCUCGAGGUCAUUUGGCUUACGCUGUGGGCGGCCCGAAUUGUCACCUCUAUCAUGCCCGCGACGGUUGCUUUCAUCGCUGGCACAGUAGGGUCUAGCAGCCACAAGAAGUGGAAAGACAUUGGAGGCCAUCUAGAGUUUCCCACGGCCCUGUUUCUCUGGAUGUUGUCCGUGCUAGUCUCAUACCAUCCCAUACUCGACUCUCACCGAGGCCCCGAUAGCUCGGAACCAGAGGGCAAUCUGCCGGAUAUCGCCUGGAUCGGGGUCGCCUUCAAAAUCAUCAUCGCCUUGUUCGUCUUGGUCGCGCUGAACCUCUUCGAAAAGAUAUUGAUCCAAUGGAUUGCAACCUCCUUUCACCUUCGCACCUAUUCGCACCGGAUCAGGGAGAACCAGAUGCAAAUUGGAUUCCUAGUCAUUCUAUACUCAUACGCCAAGAGCCGUGUAGAGGUUCACGAUCUCGUUUGGGAUUCGUCUGAUCCAGGGACUGGCAGCCGAACACCAAUGAAGGCCAUCCAAACAAAUGCUCGGCAGGCGUUGAGCAAGGUUGGAGACGCCGCGACUCGCAUGGCUGGCGACUUUACUGGGAGAAAAAUUCUCAAAGGUGAUCACCCCCGGAAAGUGGUUUUGGAGCUGCUCCGUAAUACAGCGGCCAGCUAUGCACUUGCAAGAGUUUUCUACCGCAGCUUUGUAAAGCCAGACAAGUCGACGAUCAGGAUGGAGGACUUGCAGCCAGCCUUCACGGCAACAGAGGACGCAGAAGCGUGCUUUGGUGUCUUUGAUAAAGACCUCAAUGGAGACAUCUCCAUGGAAGAGCUCGAAAUGGUGUGCAACGAGAUUCAUCUAGAGAAGAAGGCCAUUGCGGCAUCUCUAAAAGAUCUUGAUUCGGUUAUUAAAAAGCUAGACGAGGUGUUCAUGUUCGUCAUCCUUGUCAUCGUCAUCAUUGUCUUCAUCAGCAUCCUCUCCAACUCUGCCGCUGCAGCUUUGACCUCGACGGGAACUGUCAUUCUAGGUCUAUCUUGGCUGCUCCAAGCGACAGCACAAGAGUUUUUGCAAUCUAUCAUCUUUGUUUUUGUCAAACACCCGUUCGACGUCGGCGACCGGGUCACCGUUUACGGGAAUACUGGCUCGAUGAUGAAAGGAGACGAUUACUACGUCCUCGAGGUCUCUCUUCUCUACACCGAGUUCAAGAAAAUGGAAGGCCACGUUGUACAGGCCCCGAAUUCCCUCCUGAACACGCUCUUCAUCCUUAAUCAGCGGCGAAGCCAAGGGCUUGCCGACCCAAUUAACCUAAAGCUUCGUUUUGGGACGUCCGAGGCGCAAAUCGAAGAACUCAAGUCUCGUAUGCUAGAAUUCUGCCUGCAAAACAAGCGAGACUAUGCCCCGCGCAUCAUCUCAGAGGUGCAGACCAUCGACGAGGUAUACAGCAUCACGAUGAAUAUCAUCUUCUUUCACAAGAGCAACUACCAGAAUGAGCUGCUGCGGCUCACUAGACACAACAGGUUUGCCGUGGAGCUGAUGCACCAGAUGUGCGACAUGGGUCUAGAAGGCCCAAGAUUUGUGCAACCAGGAGGAAUGCGCGACAUGCCCAUGUACUGGUCACAAGUGAAUAGCUCCCCAGCGUAUAAUCAGAACGCGGUCCCGGAAACACCGCCACAACAGGUUUCCAGUCCGGCGGCGCGCCGCAGAGGGGCCAGCAUGGCAAAGUCGGUUGUGGAAUCGGGGAUGGAUUUCCAAGACGUGUACCAACACCGACGACAGGACGGCGGCAUCGCCAGGCUGGCCUCAAUCAGCCAAUCUCCGAGGGAGGAAGACCCGGACGGGGGGUUAAACUCGCGUAUGGAAAAGGUCGCGAGCAGAGGCAGCCAAAAUUCACGACAGAGAGCAUGGGGCCGCCCAGCAAGCCGGUCAGACGCCGCGGGCUCGGUAAGCAAUGCUGUGUGA